UGUCCUUUUAGCACACCGGUUCCUUGUUUAUGGGACAAAAACACACAUUUUUGUUAUUUUUCAAAACAGCAAAGCCUCAGUCAAUACAUUUUAAACUCAGCGUGUUACAGUUUGACUUAAAUUAUGUUGAUAAAAAGUAGCACAAAUGUCUGCUUAAAAAAAGUUAAAUAGACGCAUCAUGCCUGUAUCUGCAGUCUUUAGGGUGUCCUAAAACAGACGAGAACACACACUCCGUUUAACAAACAGCAGUUUACACCGCUGUUGGCCUGACUACUGUAUAAUAAACAUAAACUAAAUGCUGUUUUACCUCAGUGGUAUCUGUGCUUCAGUGCAGCCAGUUGAGUAUAGGUUGGUCUCACCCACAUGAACUAACAGACUAUAACCAUAAAAGAAAAUUACUAUAAUAUUCCUAUAAAGUGUCUGUGGUUCUCGGUGGUGAGUUUAUGGUUACCUCACCGCGCUCCAAUGUAUUUUACACGUCCCAUGGUACCACUGUAAUAUUCCUGCAAUAUUCCUAUUGGGAAUUACAGUGUGUCUUUGCUGUUCAGUAGCAAUCUACAUGGACAGGAUUACAGUUUUGACUUGUAUUAAAAAAAAAUCUCCUAAUGUAUCACUGUAAUUAUAAUAUUCCCCUAUUAGCCUAUUUUAUAGGCCUAGAUGUCAUUGCAACAUAAUGCAGCCCAAUAUGAUAGCAGGGUCCCUGCUUGAGCCCUCCCUCCGCCUCUCAUGUGUCUACAUUUUCAUCCCAUGGCCGUCUCUAGGUGAUUUAGCGCCGCCAGUCUCAAGCAGGUGUCCAACAUGGCGAUCACGGGGAGCGGAUCUCUCGCUAUUUCUCUCUCUGUUUUCGUGAUUUCAGCGGCGUUUCUUCGGAAAGGAGCUGCUGAAACCGUGACAGUCGAAGGUCAGAACUUGGCGACUGACAAUGUGUCGGUGAUCGAGGGGGAAACGGCCACCAUCAGCUGCAGAGUGAAGAACAACGAUGACUCCGUCAUUCAGCUGCUCAACCCCAACAGACAGACCAUCUACUUCAAAGAUGUUAGACCUCUGAAGGACAGCCGGUUCCAGCUGGUGAAUUUCUCUGACAACGAACUGCGGGUGUCUCUGUCCAAUGUGUCACUCUCCGAUGAGGGACGCUAUGUGUGCCAGCUCUACACAGAUCCUCCUCAGGAAGCCUACGCAGACAUCACUGUCCUGGUCCCGCCAGGCAGCCCAAUCAUCGAGAGCCGCGAGGACCUGGUCAGCGAGGGGAAUGAGACAGAGCUCACCUGCACAGCCAUAGGCAGCAAGCCAGCUGCCUCUAUCAGAUGGAUGAAAGGGGAGGAAGAACUGACAGGUGAGACAACAGUUGAGGAGAUGUAUGACAGGAUGUUUACUGUCACCAGCCGGGUAAGAUUUUCUGUCACCAAAGAGGAUGAUGGAGUGCCAGUGGACUGCAUCAUUGACCACCCAGCUGUAAAGGACCUCCUGGCUCAAAGAUACUUAGAAGUGCUAUAUAAACCAGAAGUGAAGAUUGUGGUGACAUAUCCUGAAGGUUUAACUAGAGAGGGUGACAAUCUAGAUUUGACAUGUAUCGCAGAAGGAAAACCACAUCCCCAUCAGAUCAACUGGCUGAGAGUAGACGAGGAUGUGCCACCUCACGCUGUGGUCACUGGCUCUGAUCUCUACAUCGAGAACCUCAACAAGUCCUACAACGGCACCUAUCGCUGCGUGGCAUCGAAUGCUGUUGGAGAGGCCUACGAUGACUACAUCCUCUAUGUAUAUGAUGCUCCCACUACUAGCCCCACACCCACCACCAACCCAGUCAACACGCAAGACUCCAGAGCCGGCGAGGGGGCACCGCAGAAAAUUGACCAUGCUGUCAUCGGAGGGGUGGUUGCCGUGGUGAUGUUUGCCAUCCUCUGUGCACUCAUUGUUCUUGGUCGAUACUUUGCCAGACACAAAGGAACUUACUUCACACAUGAAGCCAAAGGGGCGGACGAUGCAGCCGACGCAGACACGGCCAUCAUCAACGCGGAGGGGGGACACAACAACACAGACGAGAAGAAGGAGUACUAUAUCUAAACUGGACAGGCCAGGAGAGACGGGUGGGGAUGCUAGUGGUGGUGGUGGUGGUGCUGUAGGAGCAUUAUGUCUAACUCUGAUUGGUUGCAAGAAGGCUUGGGGGCAGGGAGGGCGAGAUUUAAGAGGAAGAGAAGAAAGAAUAAAUUGGAAAGUAGGACUGGCAUGGCCAAGUGGUAAGAAGAGGCGUUGCUGAGUCUCCUAUCCGACCCUUCCUGGACUGCUGGGGCCUAAUCUGUACAGUUCAAUUAUUUUACAGACAAUUUUGUGCCUUGGUCUAUUUCUUUUGUUUAUUUUGUUGUUUUUUUCCCCUUCACAUGUUUGUUGAAUUGGAUUUUUUUCUCCAUGUACUCCUUUGUUGCUUUUGGCUUUUGGAGGAGAUUAAAUGGGCCUGGUGUUUGUCUAUGUGUGCUGCAGCUAGCUUUUAGCUCAGGUACCCAGAUCUGAGGAGCCAGCUCAACCACAGUAUUUUUUUUUUUUUUUUUUUUUUUUUUUUUUUGAGCAAUCUCCAGAGUUCAGUAACUGGAACACAGUGUCAACACAUUUCUCCCUGCUGGGUCAAAGUCCAACAGUCCCUGCAAAUUCACCACAUGCAGGUCUGAUUGGUUUCGACAUUUUUCAGCGCAGAUUUCACUCACCCCCUUUCGAGGUCAGGUUCACUGUGUUGAUUACUAAUGUAACAGUUGUGAGUAAUCAUGCUCAUCAUAGAAUGUAUUUGUUCCUGAAAGUCAAGUAGGAGUGCCGUUAACUAUCAUUUCACAUCAAACCACAAAGUACAAAUGGUCCCUUGUUGGUUUCAAGAAAACAUCUGAUGAUUAGUAGAUGUGAGGUCAGUUUAGUAUUCAAUUAGGGUGUUGUGAAGUCCAGUCUAAGACAUCCUGACAGCUGUAAUGUGCUAUGAUAUAGAGUUAAAGUUUCUAUAGUGGAAAUCAGAAUCACUUGUUCUUUUUUCAAACUCUGUAUCAGGAUUUUCUGCUGAUUGAGAGGACAACAGUAAAUCAGCAAUCGCAGAUAACUUUUUUGUUGACAUUAGCUGAACAUCUGGUUCUGAAAAAAGUCUUAACGGAAUAGUUUGACAUUUUAGGAAGUAUGUUUAUUCGCUUUCUUGGCCAGAGUUAGAUGAGAAGAUCGAUAACCACUCUCAUGUCUGUACGGUAAAUAUGAAGCUACUGCCAGCAGCCGGUUAGCUUAGCUUGGCAUAAAGACUGGAAACAGGGGGAAACGACCAUGGCUCUGUCCAAAGGUAAAAAAAAUACAACACCCACCUUAAUAAGUGAGCUUUAGACAGACGCUCGUAGGCAGACUUGUUACCUUUGGACAGAACCAGGUUAGCUGUUUCCAGUCUUUGUUCUAAGCUAAGCUAACCGGCUGCUGGCUGUAGCUUCGUGUUCAGUGUGUAGACAUACGAGUGGUAUCGAUCUUCUCAUUUAACUCUCAGCAAGAAAGCAAAUAAGCGUAUUUCCCAAAAUGUCAAACUACUCCUUUAAAAACAUUGCCUAUAUCUAGAAUUAUUUAGUAACUAUUUUUGUCAGAACUCUUUUAUCAUCCGUAGGACGGAUGGACCAAAAACAUGGCAGAAAAAGUUGCUCUACUAAGUACAGAGCCAAAAGACUUUCUGUCUUCUGUCUGUUGGUUUUAGGGUCAGACUUUACUUUGAGUAUGUAUAUACCGCGUAGUACCUAAAAGAGCAACUGGUCCUGCUGCAUUGAUCAUAAAAUCAAAUUAAAAUGUAUUAUUUGUUAGAUAUUGAUACAGCCUGCUGUGUGUGCUUUUGGUUUAAACAUGAAAUUCUUCACAUUUUCAUACCACCCACAUGGUCGGCCCUGGACCAAAUAUAAUAAGUAUGUGACGUGCAUACAUUCAGUAAAUAUUACUUGUAUACAGUUAAAUUUUACUUUGCAGGGUUCUCCUCUCUAAAUAAUAGAUUUCUUAUCUGAUAAUACAGUAAUAUUGACCAUUUAACUGGAAAUGUUACAAGAACAUUGGUGUAUUUCAUUUUUCCAAGGUUUUAACUUUUUAUUUAAUUGUACUGUGUUAAAAGGAAGACAGAAUGUCACACUUUCAAUGGCAAAGCUUCCUUUCAGUGAUGUAUAAGGUAUCAAGGUAUGUCAGUGGGAAUACUGUGAAAAAUAAAUUUUCACUGCUUAUUUCCUGGCUUAGAAAUCCUUGCUACACAUACUUUUUUGCCCUUGCCCAUACACAAGUAAAAAGACAUUCAAUCACUGCAAACAUGAAUCAGUUAUAUUUCCCUGCUGUCUGUAAAGACAUUUUUACCUUUGGGCUGUCUUUGAUAACUUGUAAGGGCUCUCGGCCUUCCAAGUUAUCAAAGAUUUGCGUUGAGCUUUAGACUUGGUUUGGGAAAGAUCAUUUUCUUACUGUCAUCCUGCAACCUCAAACCUUCACAGAGGAGCAGUCCACUGUUACAAAUGAAUUUUUUUUCUCCACCAACACAAAUCAGAAGAUCCUACGCUCGCAGACAGAGAUGCAGUGUGCACACCAUGCAUGCUUCAUGCCUCUCACUCUGUCACAGCUAGAAAAGUAAAACCUGUUUGGUAAUUAGUGAGUGACAUUCAUUGUAUUGCCUGAAUAAGAAAAAAUAAAUCUGUAAAUGUAUAAUGAAAAAGGAUAACCACUGCCUUAAACCAACCUCUUGAUACUUAUCAUUAUAAAGGAAAAGACUGAAGGACUUAAUUUAGUGCCUUCUUUGAUUUUGAGGCAUAUGGUUAGUAUCGUACAGUAUCCUCAUGUACACUCUUACAGUAUAUCUUGUAUAUUUCUGUGCUUUCUAACUUACAGGGCCAAUACUCAUCUAUGUUGUCUAUAUUCACGCACCAUACACUUGUAUCACGAUUACAACCUUGAGCAUAAAAAAGCUGGGGGAAAAAUAUAUUUCUUUGUUUAUCAGAGUGGUGUGGCAGCUUCCACUGACUACAAUAUCAUAUGCCAGGAUGUAGUAUUUAUUGUCUUAAUUAGUGAUCGCAAAACAAUUUCAAUUUGGUCUUAAUUAUUUUCUCUGCUUCACUUCAUUUGUUAUUUAUUUGGAUAUCUUCAAGGACAAGGCUCACUAGUAGUAUCAGAGGGGAAUACAGUACUAACAGCUAUAAUAAGCUACAUUAAAAGUACAUUUUUCUGGAUUUUAGAGUCUUGGUGUCAUGUUAACAGUGUGCAUGACAAUUUUGAGGUUUGAUAUUUGUCUUAAAUGGUUAUAAAGUGACUGCUGCUUUUAAUCGAGGAACAUAAAAAGAUUUGUCACAAACAUCAUUCUAAUCCAGUUUCUGAUUUGUUUUAAAUACUUGAUAUUUAGUAUGUUUGUUUUCACUCUCUCAGGUUCAUGAGUGUUAAUAGUUGUGUUUUUUGCAUCUCAGGUAGAAUGCAAAUUUAAGGCCCCAAGUAUAUACUGUAGUACCACAGCUAUUCAAGAAGUGAAGAACUCACAAGGUGUACAUGUUUUUUCUCAUUUGUACAUGUUUAUGUGUUCUUAAUAUGGUGCACUGUUACAGUAAACGUUAAAUAUAAUUUUGCAUAGACCUAGUUCACAAAGAAAGAAAACUAGAUUUGUUAAGCAGACGAAAAAUAUGUACAGUCAGUGUCAACAAAAUCACGAUGGUGUUCAUGAAACUUCUUCUUCUUCUUCUUCCACCGUAACACUUUGCUUAUACAGUAUUGGUUAUUUAGUAAUUAUAGGAUGUGACCACAGACAGUCAAGCAUUUGUUUGCAUUCAGUCGAUUCAUGCAUAACCUUUCAUAGAUGACAAGAUGGUGUAUUUACUGUGACAUGAAGUUUUAUGAAUGAUCUGUAACAUGUCUUGGAUAUUUGGAUGAAACUCAUGUUUAAAGCCUGGGGAGGGAGGGGGGAGUUUGGUUGUUUUAUUACCCCAAAAUGGUUGUUUUUGUUGUUGAAUCUUACAUUUCUCUCUGUAACCAGGUGACAUUUUUCUUUUGCGUAGUGAAGAGGAUGUUUCUCAUAUGACCAUGCAUAUUUUGUAUUGGUUCACGCCAACAUUUUUACAAAAGAAAAAAAAAAUCAGAAGAGUACUUGUCUUAAUAAAAAGAUAUCAAUGUUUAAA